GUGAUCGUGUCAGUGCGGCGCGAGCAUUGAAACCCAGCAGACAGAAAGAGUGGGGGGAAUGGAAAUGCCUUUUUCGCUGUCUUCGGGAGCACACUGAGAGAAACCUAACCAAUUAAAGUCAGAGGAGUCCGAUUUGUAUUUGUUUGUAUAUUAUUCAAAUGUUUGUCAAAAUUCAAAGCGAUUAUUUUCCAAAAAAUUCAUCAAAAAAAUUUCCGAACUUUUUCCGUCGCUGUGCAUCCACCGGAAACCAACGCCAAAAAGUUUCUCCGUGUGCAGUUAUCCAGGGUUAUACGAGGCGUGUGUCAAGAAAAGUGCGUGAAACUCGAUAAAGCUACGUCCCAUCCCAAGAAAAUGUGGUAGUAAUAUUCUCAUCUAAGCCAAACAAAUGAUAAGAUAAGAGAAAAGAAAAGAAGAGCAGACGAGCGAAGACGAAGAGGAAGAGGAAGAGGCAGCCCCGUUGAGAGCAAGGUGACGCAAGAGAAGAGGUGGAAAGUAACUGUUCCAAGGAUUCAGCGACAGCAGCUGUGAUCCCCGACUACCCUCUCCUCCCCCACCCCCUGCACAUGUAGAGCCCAUGGCAAUGGAAUUUAGUGUGACCAGGACAAUACCGAGUGAAAAUACCAGACCAAAGCCGCGGCCCACUGGCCACUGAGAGGAAGGAGACAAUGCGUAACGGGCAAUGUUAUGCCCAGCGGCAGAAAAAGGAAAAGGAGGAGGACCACGACCAAAACCAGAAACAGAACCAGGACCAGAACCAGGCGGAGCAGGAGCAUGCGGACCCGGAUGAAGAGUCCGAGACAGAGCAGGAGUCGGAUACGGAGACGGAAUUGCAGCCGCAGGCCAAGCAAGUCAACUCCGUUCCCCUGGCAAGCGGGCGACUGAUCGGCACGCAUAUCAGGCCCGAACCAGACCCAGAGUCCGGCGAACAGACGGACACCCAGAGCACGGAUAGCAACAGCUCCACGCCGACAACGGCAGAUGUGGCAGACGAGGAAGAUGUGGAGACCGUCAGCUCCCUGCCGCUGUCGCCGCCCACCUGCGUACGCAGCGGCGUCGGGCAGCUGGUCAAGGGCAAUUCUCCGCUCAAGAGGCUGCAUGCGGACAACCGGUCGGCCUCCAUUGCCACCACCACCACCACCAGCACGAGCAUCAGCACGACACCGAGCAGCGGUAUCAAUCAGCCGGACCUGGACAACGUGCCCACGGUAAGCGGGAGCAGCCCUCGACGGCAACAGGUCCAUCAUGGCCACGUCGACACCUCUAAUGCCGCCUCUCUCCUGCAGUCAUCGCGGUACGCGGCCCAUCCGAGCAACUUUGUCGAGACCGCAAUCACCUCAACGUCGCUGGGCACCUCCUCAAGGACGGGCGGUGGUGGUGCACCGGGCAGCACGCAUCGGCGCACCCACUCGGCCGCCUCUUACAUCUCGAUGUGGUCGCUGGCUCCAGGCGCAGAUCCGCCGUUACAGCGACGCAAGCGGAAUCGAUUCUCUCGAUGGCUACGCUACGCGUGCAACGUAUGCUGCUGCAAGAGUUCCGGAAUAGGCGAGCCGAGUGUUCAUCAUGCGCUGGUUGUGAUAUUUCUAGAGUUCUUUGCGUGGGGACUCCUAACGAUGCCCAUAAUAUCGAAACUGAACAAGACAUUCCCGGAUCAUACGUUCCUCAUGAACGGCCUGGUCAUGGGCAUCAAGGGGAUCCUGUCGUUCCUGGCGGCGCCGCUGAUCGGCGCUCUUUCGGACAUUUGGGGUCGAAAGUUUUUCCUAUUAGUGACAGUAUUCUUCACCUGCCUACCCAUACCGGUGAUGUCCUUCAACACCUCGUGGUUCUUUGCCAUGAUCUCAAUAAGUGGCGCCUUUGCCGUCACCUUCUCGGUGGUGUUUGCCUACGUGGCCGAUGUGACCACGCCGGAGGAACGUUCCAAGGCUUAUGGCCUUGCCUCAGCCACCUUUGCUGCUAGUCUGGUCAUCUCGCCGGCGUUGGGCAAUGCCCUGAUGGACUCGUAUGGCGAAACGCUUGUUAUUGCUCUAUCCACAGCCAUAGCGCUGCUGGACGUGUUCUUUAUUCUGGUGGCAGUGCCGGAAAGCCUCUCGGAGAAGGUGCGACCCUCCUCUUGGGGUGCUCCCAUUAGUUGGGAGCAGGCGGAUCCAUUUCAGGCUUUGCGAAAGGUCGGCACGGACAAGACCGUUUUGAUGCUGUGCCUCACUGUGCUGCUCUCCUAUCUACCAGAGGCUGGGGAGUAUUCCUGCAUGUUUGUCUACCUGAAGCUAAAGAUGGGCUUCAACUAUACGGAGGUGUCCAUCUUCAUAGCCAUCGUUGGCAUCCUGAGCAUCACAGUGCAAGUGACCCUGGGAUCCUUUAUGAAAGUGUUUGGCGCCAAGCGAACGAUCAUUGUGGGCCUGGCCUUGGAAAUCGUACAGCUGCUGUGGUACGGCUUGGGCAGUCAGAAGUGGAUGAUGUGGUCGGCAGGCGUUGUGGCUGCCUUGGCCUCCAUCACCUAUCCCGCCAUCAGUGCAUUCGUAUCGCUGUAUGCGUCCCCCGAGAGUCAGGGUGCUGUUCAGGGUAUGAUCACGGGCAUGAGGGGCCUGUGCAAUGGCUUGGGACCAGCUGUGUUUGGCGUUUUCUUCUAUCUGUUCAAUGUAAAUCUGAAUGAAGAACGCGACAAUCUACAUAUGGCCAGUGGCAGUCGCGAGACGAAUGUGGAAAAGAUAUCGCAUCAUGUGCCAGGACCGCCAUUUUUGUUUGGCGCCCUGUGCGUCGUCUGUGCUAUAAUCGUGGCAUCGUUCAUUCCAGAGGGCCAGAAUGCCCAAUUGGAGAAGAAACGUGCCUCGCUCGAUGUACAGUACGAGAUCGAAUCUGGCCACAAGGCUCCCAGCUCCCUGGCGCCGCUUAUACGCUCCGAUUCGCUGGCGCAGCUGUAGUCGUCCUAUCCACACACACAGCCCACACCCACAGCAACACACACAACCGCAACAACCGCAGCUGGUGUCUAAAACAUACGUAUAAGCAGAGAUAUUUAAGAAUUAACUUUAACCGAUUUUGUAAUUGUAACGAAUGCUGUAACUAGUUUGGCUUUAGUUAGUCCCACAAUCCCACAAUCCAUGGCUAAGUUUUCUAGAGAGAGAGAGUCUCUGCGUCGAUGCCCAUGCUGCUGAUCAUGCUGCUGCUAUUGCCUUGCCGCCUGGUACUCCAUUCAAGUCUUCGGUUAGUUUUCACCUUAGCCGAUACUCCAUCAGUGUCAGUAAAGUUACACUUGCACCCAGCACUCAGCACCCACCACCCAUCACACCCGCUUUCAGGAUUCAGUUCAGUUUUUCGUUUGUUUUGUGGCUCAAUGCUGGGGUUCCCCUUUCGGCUGGGGACUAAAUUACACACAUCACACAGCAGAUGAACAAAAACUGCCAAAAUAAUAAACAAAUUAAUUGUAAAUUCGUAAAACCUUCUGCUAAAUGCGAAAAUUCAACACUACCAUUCAGCAAAUGCCUAAACGAAAUACCCAAAUAGCCCUAGUACCAUUUUUAGUUGUAACAAAAAAGAAACACAAUUAGAAAGAGGUAAAAUCCAAAUAAACUGAAUACUAAGCUUUACUUUGCAAAUUGUAGUGAUCUAAAAAGUGUAAACUCAAAACAAAACCGAGUUCCAGCAGUCGCAAAUGGAAUAAUAUUGUACUAGUAUACAUAUAUAUAUAAAUAUGCAUACACACAUACAUAUAUAGGAACUGAGCACCGGGGUAUCUUGAUGUCGAGACACGUGUGCCUCGACAGAACAAAACAAAACAAAAAAUGAGAUAAAUGUAUAGAGGAGGGCACUGGACACAAAUCAUAAUAUUAGCGUGCGAGAACACUGUAGUUUUUUUUUAUUUUGAUAAAGCCAGUAUGAAAAAUAAAUGUUGCAAUGAUGCUUGAGGCAUACGGAUAGUCAGUCCCCAAACCACUCCAAACCACUCCAAUCCAAUCCAAUCUAAACCAAAACAAACCAAACCAAUCCCAAGUGUGGAAUGUGCGUGUGUAUGUACAGUACUUUAGAAAAUCAAAGUUAUAUAUUUUUCAAAGUGUGCUGCAGGAACAGUGUAAGGUCCUCCUCCACCCCACCCCAUGCAUGCGGCACGUAGAAUGCUGCUCUGAAUGCUGCUAAUGAGUAAGGACGGGUAGGACGACAGUAUGUAUGUAGAGAACGAUAUCCACAUUUUGAUUGUAAAUUAUUUAACAUGUAAUUUAGUGUUUUAAACGAAACCAAAAUAAACGAAACUGUUUGAUGAAGCGCUUA